UUUUCUAUAUCUUACCGUUUGGAUAGUGGAGCUUUGGAUAUGGAGGGGUUAUUGUUAGCAGAUGUUUAAAUUCAUCAUAUACAUAUGACAUGGUUCAUAUUGUGGUUAACCUUUAGUUCCUCCCUCUUGCACCUUGUUUAAAAAUUUGGUAGAGAAUGUGAUUGAGUUCUAUAGUUUAUGGCGGUACUUGUUUCAGUUAGUUUGUCAAAAGUGGAAUUGAAAAUGCUCAGGCUUUUUGAUUUAUNAUAGCUUGUUGUAACUCAAUUUUACUUAAACUAUGCAGACACACAACAUCAAUUUAAUGCACGUGAAAGUGAUUGGGGUUUCACGUCCUUCAUGCCUCUUGGUGAAUUGUAUGAUCCUAGUAGAGGGUAUCUUGUGAAUGAUACUCUUAUAGUUGAAGCCGAGGUUCUUGUUCGUAGGAUUGUUGAUUACUGGACUUAUGAUUCNAAGAAGGAGACUGGCUAUGUUGGGCUUAAGAACCAAGGAGCUACAUGUUAUAUGAAUUCUCUACUCCAAACCUUGUACCAUAUUCCUUAUUUUAGAAAGGCUGUGUACCAUANGCCAACAACUGAAAAUGAUAUGCCCUCUGGUAGCAUCCCUUUGGCUUUACAAAGUUUAUUCUACAAGCUUCAAUACAGUGACACCAGUGUUGCGACGAAGGAGCUGACAAAGUCUUUUGGUUGGGAUACAUAUGAUUCUUUCAUGCAGCAUGAUGUUCAAGAACUAAAUCGGGUUCUCUGUGAAAAACUCGAAGACAAAAUAAAGGGAACUGUUGUUGAGGGAACCAUACAAAANUUAUUUGAAGGGCACCAUAUGAAUUACAUAGAAUGCAUUAAUGUAGAAGGUGAUGCACCCUUUUGA